AUGAAUAAUUAUUAUUAUAUUUUAAUAUUUUUAUUAUUUAUAAAUUUAUUAAUUGUUAAAGGUGAUGAUGUUCAAUGUAAUACAUUUGUAAAUUCACAAUCAAAUAUGGAUCCAAGUGAAUGUGGUUCUUCAUCAAAUAAUGCAUGUUCAAAUAUUUCACAAUCAAUUUUAAAUUGUGGUGAAUUUAAUGAAAUUAUAAUUACAAUUAGUCCAGGAAAUUAUUCAAUUAAUAGUGAAACAUUUGGACCAAUUACAAAUAAGAAAAUUACAAUUUUAAAUUCUGAUCAACCAAUUAUUCAACCAUCAGUUAUUAUUAAUUUAUCAAAAUCAGUUUCUCCAUUUAUUAGAUAUAUUCCAACAACUAUUGAUGAUACAUUAACAGUAUCAUUAAAUGGUAUAACAUUUGAAAAUGGUAUUCAAAGAGGAUCAGUAUUAUUAAAUAAUGGAUCUGGUAUAAUUAAUUUAUCAGUUGUAAAUUGUGCAUUCAUUAAUAUGUUGGAUUCAAGUUAUGGUAGUACAUUUUCAUUCACUAAUAGUAGUAGUUUAACAACACCAACAACAAUUGGUAUUGUUUCAAUUAGUAAAUCAACUUUUUCAAAUUCAAAUUCAAAUCAAAUGGGUGGUUUUAUUUAUAGUAUUAAUUUACCAAUUCAAUUUACAAUUGAUCAAAGUAGUUUUUUAGGUCAAAAUAUUAGUGGUACUGGUAUUAGUGUUGCAAUUUUAAAUGGAUACUUGUCAGUUUCAAAUACAAUCGUUAAAGGACUCUAUACAAAAUAUCCAUUCUAUUUACAAAGAAAUAAUGGUAUUAAAUCAGCAAUGACAACUUUUACAUUUAAUAAUGUUACAUUUAAAGAUUUAACCGAAGGUUUUGCUAUAAUGAUAACUGGUGAUAAAACAACAUCAACUGAAAUUAAGAAUUGUACAUUCACCAACACUGUUAAUAUUUCACCAAUUUUCAUUCAAGGUAUUUCUCAAGCAAAUAUUCAGUCAUGUACUUUCACUAAUAAUACAAAUACACUUUCACUAUUAAAUAGUGCAGGUGGUAUUUCAAUUGAAUCAACCACUGCAACUAUUAAUGAUUGUGUUUUCUUAAAUAAUAAAGCAAGACUAGGUGGUGCAAUUUCAACAAGUUAUUGUGAUCUUCAAGGCGUUACAAUUACAAAUUCAACAUUCCAAGGUAAUAGUGCUCAGUAUUUUGGUGGUUCAAUUUAUAAUGUCAAUUGUAAUACUACAUUUAAAAAUGUUGAUUUCUCAAGUUUAGUUACAAAUAUUUCAACAGUUUAUUGUUCAGCUUCAAAUAUGAUAUUCUCUUCUUCAAAUUUCACAGAUUCUGGUAAAGAAAUAAAUGAUUUAAGUAAUCUUGGUAUUAUUUGUAAUUCAAAUCCUUGUGCUAUUACAAUUGAUUCAAAACCAUCAAUUCAAUGUCAAUAUAAUGAAAAUGAUUCAAAUGAUAAUAAAGGUGGUUUAUCAACUGGUCAAAAAAUUUUAAUUGCUUUCGGUGUAGUUAUUGGUUUAAUAAUUAUAAUUAUAAUUAUUGUUAUUAUUGUUAGAAAAGUUAAAAAAAAUAGAGAAUAUAAACCAUUUGGUUAUUAA